AUGGCUUCGAGCAUUCUCCCAUCCAAAUUCGAUGGAGGCGAUAUUGUCGCAUGGCUAAGAGAGUUUGAUGCGUGCGCUUUAGCCAAUGGUUGGAAAGACGAGGACAAAAUUAAGAAAUUACCAGCGUUUCUACGAGGACGCGCAGCUACACAUUCCUACGCAACCCCUGUCGCUGAAAGAGCUACAUACGACGCCGCAACAAAAAAGCUAAAGCAAGCCCUGUGUCCGCCAGUUGAGAGGGAAAACUAUAACGCAAAAUUUGAAACCCGAAUGCUUCGCACUGGUGAAGAUCCGUCGGUUUACAAGUGGGAGUUGGAACAACUUCUAGAAAAAGCCGAUCCCGACCUCGCUGUAGAAGCCAAAUCUGCUCUUUUGUCCCGCCAAUUCAUGCGUGGUCUGCCGAGCUCUAUACGAGGAAAACUUUUGGCUCACAACCCCACACCAACCUUAAGCGAGAUGCUAAGUUUUGUCCAACGUUAUGGAGCGAUCGAAGACCGCGACGUCCCUGCACAUACGAGCGCAAGCGCAUCAACACACAAGCAGACAGCGGACAUGGACCAACUCGUGGGUUUAAUGACCGAACUGGUAACUCGACAGAAAGCGCUCGAAGACCAAGUGGCCACUUCCCAGCAGUUAUAUGCCGCAGCAAUCAAGCAAAACGAACGUCCACGACCAAAAGUUACGUGUUUUCGAUGUGGAAAACAAGGCCACAUUGCUCGAGAGUGUCGCAGUUCAAGCCAACGCCAAGACCGUUCCAACGUGCAAUGCUACGAAUGCGGGAGAUACGGACACUUCGCCCGUGAAUGUGGGAACUAUGCGCCUUUAAACUUCGAAGGGUCAUCUCGAGGAACCACAGGCCGGUAG